UAGGAAUGACAUUUGCAUCAAGAUUGAAGCAUUCUUCAUUUGAAUAAAGAAAUGGACAAAAUUGGAUUGGGUAUGAUUGGAGAUGAGUUUGAGUUAAGAAAUGAAGAAGGGUUUGGAGCGUUUGUUAUUCAAAUUUAAAUUUGAGUCAAUAAUUAGUUAAGAAAUGGGGAUUUUAGUAAAAAAAUUAGACGUCUGAAUUCCGGUGAGUUAAUCAAAAGUAAAUGGGUUUUUUACUGGCCGGUCCUGAGUUUUUCACUUAUUCCCCUCUUAGUCCUGACUUUUGAUCUUGUGCACCAACAGGUCCUGAGACUUUUUUUUUUUGUACCGUUUUACCUCUCCUCUGCUCUGGCGCGUUUUUGUUUGGAUUUUCCAUCAAAAUAUUGUGUUUGUGAUUUGGAUUUCUGUAGAACUUCACGAUUUGCUGCUGUAUCUUCGUGAUUUGUGAAGCUUCGUGAUUUUUGAUUUCGCGAUUUGUGGAGCUUCGUGAUUUUUAAUUUCGCGAUUUGUGGAGCUUCGUGAUUUCUGAUUGCGCGAUUUGUGGAGCUUCGUGUUUUCUGAUUUCGCGCUUUGUGUAUCUUCACGAUGUGUGAUUUGCGAUUGCGUGUUUGGUGAUUCUUUCUAUUUGCGAUUUCGCGUUUGGUGUAUAGCUACAUUUUCUGAUUUGUGGUGUUGUGGAGUUAGGUCGACUGGUAUGUUUGAUUUUGAUUUCAAUUUCAAUGUUUUGGUUCUUUUUAGGUUGAGUUGGUGAUUUUGAUUUUGUGGUGAUAUUGUUGUUACUCUGUUGUUUCUGUUGCGAUUGAAUUUAUGUUUUGAUCAUGAUAUUGAAAGUUUUGAAAUAUGUAUUUGUUGAUUGAAUUUUAGAUUUUUAUUUUUUUUUGUUACGAAAUUUUGUUGAUUGAACACAGGUGUUGGUUUGUUAUUUUAUACAGUGAUAAUUUUAUCAAUGUGUAUUUUGGAGGUGAUGUUGGAUUAACUUUUUCAACAGUGAUAAAUUUAUGAGUGAGUAUGGGAAUAGGAGAUAAUUUUAUCACUGUAUUUGAUUUUGUUUUAGGGUGUUUGAGUUGUUUUCUGAAAUGUAAUUGUUGUUUGUUACAGGAUUUAUAGUAAUGGAGAAUUGUUUGUUUCUUAUGUGCAAGUUUAGAGGUGUGACAUUGGUUAUCAAGUAUAAUGAUGGAUUUAAUUUCAAGGAUUUAGUAUAUAAAUUGUGUGCAAAGUAGAGUGAGUUAGUUGGUAGUUCUUUGAAUAUAUCGUAUUCAAUGGCUGGACAUUCUUCUUGUGGUCUAGAAAGUGAAGAGGAUUUGGAGGUUAUGGUUGGACUGGCACUUUCUUGUGAUAUUCAUCGUAUUGAUGUUUUUAUAAAGUGUUGUUCUUUGGGUGAAGGUUAUAUGAUUUGUGAUGGUGAAGCUAGUAGUAGUAGUAAUAGUAGUGUUGUUUGUGAAAUUGAUUUUUUGCCUUCAUUUUAUUCAAAUCAACUGAAACCUUUGCUCUCCGAUGGGUGGGUUAAUUGUAUGAAAGGAGUGGGACAAAGGUUUGCUCAAAGAGUUGUUGAAUUUCGAGAUGCGUUGUCAAAGUAUUCUAUUCAUUCCGGUUUUAAUUUUGAUUUUGUUAAGAAUGAUAAGGAUCGUGUCACUGUUCAUUGUAAGAGAAGGGCUGAUUUGGGAUGUUUAUGGAGCGUACAUGCUAGAGUGAAAAAUUAUAGUAAAGCUUUUGUUAUUAAACAAUUUGAUGAUGUUCAUACUUGUGUAUCUUCUUUUCGUACAAUUAAACAUGCUAGGAUGACUUCAAGUAUGAUUGGUGGGCUAAUUUCUAGUGAUAUUCGUAGCAAGGCUUUGACAUCGGUUAGUGAGGUGGUUUGUGAUUUCAAGGACUAUUAUGGAACAGAAGUUUCUUAUCGGCGAGCUUGGAUGGGUGUUGAAAAAGCAAGGGGUCUUGUUUUUGGUGACUAUUCAUCAUCAUUUGACGAUCUUCGUUGGUAUGUUGAUGCCACUAAUGCUUGCAAUCUGGGGAGUGUUUUUGAUAUGGAAUUUGAUAUUGAUAGUAAAGGAAGACAUUUCAAAUGCUUGUUUUUCGCUUUUGAGGCAUGUAUUCAUGGUUUCAAGUAUUGUAGGCCUGUGUUGAUGCUUAAUGGAACUUUUUUGAAAGGAAGACACAAAGGUUGUUUAUUGGCUGCUACGGCGAAAGAUGGUAACCAAGGUUUGUAUCCGUUAUAUUUUGCGAUUGUUGAUGGUGAAAGUUAUGACAGUUGGCAUUAGUUCUUGUUAAAGUUAUUAGGUAUUUUGACUCCGAAGAGGGAUAUUGCGUUUGUUACUGAUCGACAUGGAGGUUUGCUGAAAACUUUAGCUAAGGUCUUUCCGUUUUCUUGUCAUUCUUUUUGUCUAAUGCAUUUGAAGACAAACUUGAAGACUUAUUUGUCAGUGAAGAGUCGUGAAUCAAAAGAAUAUUUGUUUAUUCUUUUCAGUAGAUGUGCAUAUGCUCCUACUAUUUAGUUGUUUAAUGAGCUAUUUGAAGAAUUUAAGGGUCGUCGUGGUCGUAGUGUUGAGAGGUUUCUUGAGGAUUUGCCUAAUGAGUGUUGGUGUAACGCUUAUUUUCAAGGCAAGAGGUAUGGUGAAAUGUGCACAAAUGCUGCGGAAUCUUUUAAUUCAUGGAUUAGGGAUAAACGCCAUUUGUUUCAACUAUUCUUGUUGAUGCUAUACGAGUGAAACUAAUGGAGCAAUUUUCAAGAAGGAGAAAAGUUGGGAAUAAGUGGAAUCGUAUUGUUUGUCCUUUUGCAGAAAAAAAGUUGGAAGAAGCUUUUAAUGAUACAAAAGCAUGGAUGGUUAAGAAAUGUAGCGAUGACAUUUAUGAAAUCCAAUUGGAUCAUUCAGUUAUGGUUGAUAUUGGGAAACGUUGUUGUUCUUGUCGAUUGUGGGAAAUUGAUUCUUUUCCUUGCAAACAUGGUUUUUGUGCUAUAAAGAGGAGUGGGAAGGAUUUGAAUUGCUUUCUUGAUGAUUACUACCGUGUUAGUAGUUAUUGUGAUUCUUAUUCACAUUCUAUUUAUCCAGUUCCUAGUAUAUGGAAGCCAAAUGUAGUUGUUGAUGAUGACGUUGUUUUACCUCCUCUUUGUAAGAGACCAGCUGGACGUCCAAGAACGGAGAGAAUACCUUCUAAGGGCGAAAUCAAGAGAAUUAGAUGCAGUAGGUGUGGAAAGAUGGGAACUCAUAAUCGGAAGACAUGCAAACAAGCUUUGCUUUAGUUGUAUUGAUUUUAAUUGAAUCACUUUGUUUGAGAGUUGAGAGGUGUUACUUGCAUUGAAUGAUUGAGUAUUUUUUGAAAGAUGUAUCAUUUUGGUACUCGCAUUGAAUGAUUGAGGAAUUUGUUGAUCAGAAAUUAUA